CACAUGAAUGCGGACGUUACAGUAUUACCUCUAUGUCAAGGUUUAUUUUAAUGUGUUAUUGUAAAUGGUUAGCUGAUAACGUCUUUGAAAAGAAAUGAACAUCAACUUCACAAGUAGAAUUGCCCUUGUUACAGGUGCUGGUAAAGGUAUCGGACGCUGUAUCGCUCUAAAAUUAUCAAAGCUUGGAGCGAAAGUCUAUGCUGUUAGCAGAACAGAGGCAGAUCUUGACAGCUUAAAAGUGGAGGAUCCAUCGAUUGAAACACGAUGUUUAGAUAUUCGAAAUUGGGACAACACAAGGAAAGUGAUUGAAGACGUAAGACAAGUAGAUCUCUUAGUAAAUAAUGCUGCAAUUUUGAGGUUCAAAACUGUUCUUGAAACAACAGAAGAGCUCAUUGACGAACAUUUUGACAUAAAUUUUAAGGCAGCUUUGAACAUAUCUCAGAUCGUCGCCAAAGGAAUUAUUUCACGGAAAGGAAGUGGGGCAAUUGUGAAUAUUUCAAGUAUCGGCGGUAUUCUAACUUAUCCUGGUGAUCCUGUUUAUUGCACCACGAAGGCAGCUUUGGAUAUGCUUACAAAGUCUAUGGCAUUAGAGUUUGGACCUUUAAAGAUUCGAGUAAACAGCUGUAAUCCAGGUGUAGUAUCAACACCCAUGAGUGAGAUGCUUUUGGUCUCUCGGGAACAAAGAGAUGCUUUUACAGGAAGAAUACCGAUGGGAAGAAUCAUAGAACAAGAUGAAGUUGCUAAUACAGUGGCAUUCCUGCUCAGUGACUAUGCAUCUAUGAUAAAUGGUGCCUUGGUGCCCGUGGACGGUGGACACAUUAUUCAUAUGUCACCUAACCCUGUCCAUUAGAAAAUAAAAAAGAAAAGUCGUUACUUAUUGUUGGCAUUUCUAAGGGAACAAACUGUGCGCCUGUCUCUGCCGACCUCUUCUUAUUUUCAAAUGAGUCGGAGUUCCUUCAGACACCUGUCAAAAACAGAAGAUAAAAAAAACCCAGAUCAUUUGAUUUCACAUUCAGAUAUAUUGAUGAUGAUAAGGUAGUGACGUUGCUUAUCAUCUUAAUUACAUGUUUAGUGUUCUUUUAUUUGUCUUUGUAAAUUAUUACCCUUUACUGUUCCUUUAAAAGUCCCUUUUUGGUUACAUCAUUUUGGCGUGUCUCGGUUCUUAUAUAUCCCGACAUUGUGUUAUUGUGCUAUGUUCAUUUUUUGUAUUCUUGUAUUUCAUUUAUUGCUUAUGUGCUGCCAUGUUGUUUUUCUUUUUUUGACAUAUUUGUUUGUUUUAUAGUGAUUAAGAUAUAACACAAUGUUGACUGCAGUACCCGUAUUUUUGACAUUUAUACCUAUUAUGUCUGUUUGUUUUGUUCACACAUUGUUGUCAUUAUUAUAGAAUUUUAUGCGACUGGCAUACCAUUGAGAGGUUUAGCUAGCUAUAAAACCAGAUUUAAUCCACCAUUUUCUUCAUACGGAAAUGCAUGUACUAAAUCAGGAAUAUGACAGUUAUUUUCCAUUCGUUUGAUUUUCUGAGCUUUUUAUUUUGCCAUUUGAAAAGAGACUUUCCGAUUUGAAAUCCUUGAAGUACGGUAUUUUUUUUAUUUUGCUUUUUACAGGUGUUACGGACUUUUAAGUUAUUCCGUGAUAUUUUCUUAUUUGUCGUACUUGUUGAACUAUUUCCAUGCAGUGUUACACUAUUCAUAACAAUCCCUUAACACGAUAGGGACGAGAAGAGUAGCAAUAUUCUAGUAAUGUGGAUUCAUUUAUUUUCGCAGAUACCAAUUUUAGGGGUGGAAGAAAAAUUGUUUUUCGUCGGUAUAUUCUAUUAUUUCUUAGUUUAGGCAAAACCUUCAUUAAAGCAUAAACAAAAUG